AUGAGCGGCACAACAACCAACAUACGCCUUUCCACCGCCGCCUACACUGAUUCCCCCACAAAGCUCCGCUCCGCCUCCGCCUUUCCCAGCUUAUACAAUCCGCCCCUUUCUUACUCUGGUCUCUCAUUUUCCGGGAGCUUCAAUUUUGCACCUUUCAGGCAAGCUCGUGCGACGUCAUCGUUCGCCAUGGCCUCUCCGAUUUUAGUGAAAGUCAACGCCUCUUCCACCGUGGGGGAGCUUAACAAUGAAUAUGAAGCUUCAUCUACUAAAAAGGUUGGAGCUGAUGACUUGUUGAUUGUUGGGCCAGGGGUCCUUGGACGCAUCGUGGCUGAAAAAUGGCGGGAGACAUUAACGACUGAUCAUCAUGAUGAGCUAAUAAAGAUGGGGAUCAGUCCUUUUCUCAAGUGGGGAACCCAAGUAGCUUCCAAGUUUUCCCAAGUCAUCUUCUGUGCUCCUCCAUAUGGAACCGCCGAUUAUCCGGGUGAAGUCAGGGAAGCAACAUUAAGCUGGAAUGGUGAAGGUUCCUUCCUAUUUACUUCAAGCUCGGCCCCCUAUGACUGCAACGACAAUGGAGAUUGUGACGAGGACACUCCAGUAGUACCCAUUGGGAGGAGCCCUCGGACUGACAAUCUACUAAAUGCAGAGAAAGUAGUGCUCGAGGCUGGGGGUUGCGUUGUCAGACUAGCUGGACUUUACAUAUCCUUCCUUUUUUCUUUCUAA